AUGGGCACUUGUUUCUCGCGAAAAGGCGAGCCAAGCCAAGACUCCCCGUCCUGGAGGCUGCUGGCACGCCAAAUUCCUCCACCUCAGGCCCAGUUCCCUUCCGCUUUGGCUUGGCCCUCUGCCAGCUGCGCCUCGUCCCUGCUUGUUCCAAAUCGUGCUGUCCAAGCGCUGCGCCGCCCCCUCUCCCCCCUUUUCUUCAUUCUGCCCUGGAAGGAGGGACCUUUUUUAGGCUCGCGCAUCCGGCUGCCUUCUGCACUUCGCCAGUCGCAGUCCCAAAAUGUCAUCAGAGCUCGGCUGCUGAACCCCAAUCCGCAACCCCAGACUGCGCAGACGACCCGGUUCGGAUCCCCAGCGCCGACAUUUAGCAGUGUCAAGCUUUCGGGCACGGUCCGCUCUUCAAUCUCAUGCAGGCUAGCCAUGUUGGUGGUGGUGGUGGUGGUGGUGGUGCGUUGGAUUCGUCUGCGUCAUGUCGCUGCAAGGCUCGCCGGGGUCAACAGUCUUUGGUCAGCUCCGUCGUCGCAACAGCCACAUCGUAUCCAUCACAGCCUGGCAGACGGCACGAUGGGCACCAACACUUCGUCGCCUGCAUCCUACGUCGACCAGGGCACAAGCAUGUCGGGCCUCGCAAGGAUGGGCGGUGCGCAGCCGCGAAACAAGACUCCCAAAGCUGCACCGUCUCCGCCCGCGCAGUCCAAGGCAAAGCCGGAUCGUGCCCAAGCAGACCGACCCAGCAUCGACACGUUGCCGCCAUACCAAGCUCCGCACACUCAACACCGUCCUUGA